AUGAUUCCCCCCUCCCCUCCACAAGCAGAUUAUGAUAUUUAUGGCAUGCUUACAUUAUCUCAAUUUAUCGACGAAAUUGAAAAGAUUUUGAAAUCUCGAGUUAUUCAUGUAAUGCAUUGCGGUGACCUUCCAAUCUAUGGCCGUAACAACAUUACCGACCCUCUGCCUGAUUAUUAUGAAAGACCAUUGCAAGAAGCUGUUAAUAUUUGUAUCGAAAAUGAACGUGUCGCUGCUGAGGAGAGAACUUUGGCCGGAAGUGCUUAUGGCAGACGUCGACAAAAACCAAGGAAACCAAAAAUUGUAGAUGGGACUUAUUAUUUUUUGUGGCGUCCACCUCAGUGAUGUUUCUGGACAAGUGUAGAAAAGGUGUAAUUUGGACAAAAUAUAUAAAUUAUUUUUAUGAUUCGAAACAUUUUUUUGUUUAUUUUUCUGAAAUGUUUCGGUGCAAGUAAAUAUAUU